UGGAGCGAAGCGGGGCGCAGGUGGAGGAGUCUGUUCAGCAGCGCGCGGCUGGGGCCCCAGAGUCGGAAGACGGACGCAGCGGGCCGGGGCAAGGAGGGCGCCUGGGAGUGUCCAUCCCUUUUUCUCCGGUCCCCCAGGGGCGGCGGCGGCGGCCGCUGUCCGCGCAGCGACUGGGGCAGCCGCCGAGUUAGGAGGGCGGGGAGGAGACUGGAUGACGGUUGGUGCCUCCGGGCGGGUUUGGCAGCCCCCGAGGCAUGAAGAGACACACGGGGACUCUGCCGCGUGCAGCCCCCGCGGAGCCGCGCGGGAGCCGCAGGAGAGGCCUGGACGCUGCCGGGCAGACAAUUUGGGAGAAAUUUGGAGGAGAGGAUUGGGCCCUACAUAAGCAAAUGGUACGUGAACAAUACACCACAACAACACAAGGCACCAGCCUAGAGAGGCCGGAGAACCAAUGUGUCUACAACAUUGGUAUUUAUGGCUGGAGAAAGCGUUGCCUCUACCUGUUUGUCCUCCUUCUGCUUAUCGUCCUAGUUGUGAAUUUUGCUUUGACAAUUUGGAUUCUUAAAGUGAUGUGGUUUUCUCCAACUGGGAUGGGACAUUUACAUGUUACAAAAGAAGGACUUCGACUGGAAGGAGAGUCAGAAUUCUUAUUCCCUUUGUAUGCCAAAGAAAUUCACUCUAGAGUGGACUCAUCACUACUUCUACAGUCUACUCAUAAUGUGACUGUGAAUGCUCGCAAUUCAGAUGGUGAAGUCACAGGCAGAUUAAACGUGGGUCCUAAAAUGGUAGAAGUCCAUGGUCAGCAAUUUCAGAUCAACUCCGUAGAUGGCAAGCCACUUUUUACAGUGGAUGAAAAUGAAGUUGUAGUUGGUACAGAUAAACUUCGAAUCACAGGGCCAGAAGGGGCCAUUUUUGAACACUCUGUAGAGACACCCCUUGUCAGAGCAGAGGCUUUUAAAUCGCUUAGAUUGGAAUCACCAACUCGGUCUUUGAGCAUGGAUGCACCAAAAGGGAUUAAUAUUAAAGCACAAGCUGGCAAUAUUGAAGCUCUCUCUCAGAUGGAUAUCAAAUUGCAUAGCAGUGAAGGAGUGCUUCUGCUUGAUGCUGAAACUGUGCGGCUGCCCAAAUUGCCUGAAGGGACAAGGGGUGGAUAUGAUAGAUCUCAGGAACUCUAUGAGAUCUGUGUUUGUCCAGAUGGAAAGCUUUACUUGUCAGCAGCUGGUCGGUAUUCAACUUGCCAGGAAUACAGUCAUGUCUGUCAAUAAAGCACCUACCUAUGCCAUAUUUUCUCUGGCUAUUCUCACUGAAUUUUAUAUUGUUUUGUAGCAGAGUUUCCAAGAUUUUAAAAACCAUCGCCGUAAUCUCGGAAACACAUUUGCAUCCAGAAUUCUAGAUUGUAAGGAAAAAAAGCAAAAGAGCACAAUUAAAAUUUUACCUUCAACAGAUGUGUUUGAGCUAAACUAAAUGUUCUGGAAAUCAGAACAUUUGGAAGUCAUCCAUAUAGUGAACUAAACAAAAUAAAAAGGAUUUAUUUGCGCCACUGAACUGUUAUUCAGUCAGUUGAUCAUGUAAUAGUUAAUAUUUCCUAGCUCUAUGAUUUUCUCUUAAUACAUGUAAACAUUUGCUAGUAGUACAAAUUGCAUUAGUGUGUGAAAUUCAGUUUAAGGAAUUACUUGAACUAUUUGAUAAGACAAAAGCAUUGUUUGGUGAAUUCACGUAGUGCCAGCAAACAGUCUAUGCAAUUUUGUUCUUGCAAUAACACAAACGACGAAGGCACGGCUUUUUGUACGAGUUCUGUGCAAAAUAUGUUAAACUGAUAAAUCCUUUGUUUCUAGAUUGGCAAAGCGUAUGUAGAUUUGCUUAUUAUUGGGAUGCAUGAAAGAAAUCACAAUAAUUAAUGUGAAAUCGCCAAGAUUACUGAUUUAUAACAUUCUGUGUCAUCAGAUUAUUAACUGUACAAAAGUGAAAUAUGUUCAUAUAUCCCACUCCAACAAUAGCUCCUUGUAGUGCAUGGACCAGGAUACUCACUUGAAAGCCUUUUUUUUUAGCUUUACAGUGUGAUUGUAAUUGGAACUGGGAAAUGUGUGCUGCUCUUAGCUACAUGCCAGCUGGACUAUGAAAAGAAAAAAAAUCUUAAAGAUGGUUCUAGCUUUCUCAAAUGCAUGAUGCUAUUUGGUAGGUAGAAAAAGUUCCUUUUCCUGAAGCCCAUGAAUCACCUAACUGCAGACCCCUUACUCUGUGAAGAGCCAUCAAUAAUGAACCAUUUGCACCCAUCUGGAUUAGCAGGUUUUGGGACUUAAUGGCGUUAUAGGGUCUUAGGCACAGAGCCUCAAAGGUAUUUAGGUGCCUAAUGCCCAUUGAUGUCAACAGGAAUUAGAGGAGGGAUUCAUGAAAAUACUCAAGCACUGAGCCCCUGUUUUAGGCACCUAAAUUUUGGGUCCACUGGGAGCCACACAGCUCCCACCAAACACCGUAGGCAUCUAAACUCCCUCAGCACCUAAGUUUUCCAGAGUGAACGGUCCCUAGGUGCCUAUGUUUCUGCCUCUGGGCAUGAGCACUGCUGCCUCCCUCUAAGCACCUGGACACCUAUCUCCCGCCUACACCCCGGAGCAAUUCAUGAAACAGCGGCCAAUAGAUUUUUGAAUGGGAACAGACCUGUUAGGUGCACUCAGUGCACGUCUACCGGGUCAGGCCCCUACAUGUCCGAGUGCCUUAUAACUGUUAGCCCAGCAGUUAGGGCACUCACCUGGGAAGGGGAGACCUAGGUUCAAGUCCCACUCCCCUCUUAAACAGGAGUAUGCCACAUCUCAGGCGAGCUCUCUAAGCACUGGGCUGUGGGAUGCCCGCAAUCUCUCCUGAUGAACCUGUUCCAUUUUGGCUAAAUGUUGGCGGAUGUCCGCCUCCAGGUGGGCAUCCUAACCACCGGAUUACAGCUGCAUUCUCACUCUCUCUGGCCCAAUGACUUCCACUGAGCAUAAAUAUUUUAACUAGUCAUUGGGCCAGCAAGAGAGAGUGCCAGAGAAUGACUUUGUAGCCCAGGGGUCAGGGCAUCCACAUGGGAGGUGAGAGACUCUGAGUUCUGAUCACUGGUUCAUAAUUCACAGUGGAACAGCUUCAAUAGGAGAGACUAAGGAAGCCCCACAUCAUAAACUCAGUGUUGACACACCACUCGAGAUGUGGAAGACUCCCAUUUAAAUCAUUUCCCCCCCUCUGGCAGAGGUGGCAGGAAUUGAACCUAAGUACCCCACAUGCCAGGUGAGUGCUCGAACUACUAGGGUAAGUGUUAUGAGGUGGGCACCCCCCUCCUCCUCUGGCUCUUUUGUGUGGAGUGAGGCAGGUGCCUGAUUCAGGCCCACAAGAAACACCGUGAGCACCUAAACCAUCCAAAUCCUGCUGGCAGAUGCCUGUUUGCGGCUCCCUAAUCAAUUGCCGAGAGUGAGACGGGGCUUAGCACACACAUCCCUCCCCCACUGGCUAGUUUAGGCAGCACUCUGCUUGGCUUUUGCAGAGUACAUUGUUAGGCCUCUCGCUCCCAUUUCUUUGUAUUGGGAGCCUAAGUGCCUAACUUGGUGUUAUAAACAGAUAGUUAAGGGUUAAUAACCCUUUACAGGUAAAAGAGGCAAGAAGUUCACCUAGCCUAGCUGACACCUGACCAGAGGAACCAAUGGGGGAACAAGAUGUUUCAAAAGGAA